AAGAAGAAGAAAGAGAGGGAGGAUGAAAGGGAAUAUUUCAAACAAUGACUGGGAAUGCCCCAGAGAUUCUCUUAUGAGGACCUGCGUGUUGCAACAGACGAUUUCAGAGAAAAGCUUGGAGAAGGAGGAUUUGGAUCUGUGUUUAAAGGAAUUCUGGAAGAUGGCACCAACAUUGCAGCGAAACAAAUGGAAAAAAUAGGGCAAGGAAUGAAGGAGUUCUUGGCGGAGGUUGAAACGAUAGGCAACAUCCACCAUUUCAAUCUCGUGCAGUUGAUCGGAUUCUGUGCAGAGAGAUCUCGCCAACUUCUAGUUUAUGAGUACAUGAGCAAUGGGUCCUUGGUUCACUGGAUAUUCAAUAGAAAUAUGAAUCCAGUUCCAGAUUGGCAGAGCCGAAAGAAGAUUAUACUUGAUAUAGCAAAAGGGUUGGCUUAUCUUCAUGAAGAUUGUCGGCAACGAAUCGUUCAUUUGGAUAUCGAGGCUCAGAACAUUCUCUUGGAUGAUAAUUUCAAUGCCAAAGUUUCGGAUUUUGGGUUGUCGAAGCUUAUGGAUAGAGAUCAGAGCCAAGUACAGACAACAAUGAGAGGAACGCCAGGGUAUCUUGCUCCAGAAUGGCAACAGCUUAGGAUUACAUUGAAAGUAGACAUCUAUAGUUUUGGAAUUGUCGUUCUUGAAAUUGUUUGUGGAAGGAAGAACUUGGAUCGUUCUCGUUCGGUACAAAGCAAGCAUCUGCUUAGGUUGUUGCAGGAGAAAGCCAAGGAGAACUGUCUGAUUGACAUCAUUGAUGGGUCGAGUGCAAAUAUGGAAUUGCAUAGAGAAGAAGCCAUGAAGAUGAUUAAGCUGGCAGCAUGGUGCUUGCAGGAUGAUCAUACAAGAAGGCCUCUGAUGUCUAUGGUGGUGAAGGUAUUAGAUGGAGCAAUGGAAGUAGAGCCAGAGAUCAGUUAUAGAUUUUCCAAUGCCAUGGCACAUAAUUCUACUACGAGCGCUGAUUUUCACCUCUUGUCGGAUCCACCGCAGGCAUCAGUGCUCUCAGCGCCUAGAUGAUGGAAGCUUAUGGUUGCAUAAGGUAUGAAGAUUGGCAAGUCCAGGUACAUGUUUGAUUCCCUUCUGUUGGUGUUUAUCAUAAACAAUAAGUUCAAGUAUUUGGUUUUUUAACUACUACUGUGUUUGGAAUUAUGCAUUGC